GUGUUCAUAUGUAUUUGAGCCUCUAGACUACGUCUAUGUUAAUAAAUUAACCGAGCAAUGUUUGUACUGUUAUUGUGCUUGUGAAGGAUCAACGAACAAUGGGAAUCAACUUUUUUAGACAACCAUUAGACAAGUUUGAAUAGUCUACAAGUUCCAGCUCCAACUAUAAUCGAAAAGGCUGAAAACAUUUUCAAACGUCGAAGUGAAUCGUAUGCAGUAAAUCGAGACCUCCAAUGAACACUACGCUAACUCGAAAAUUGCUUAUAAUCCUGCUAGCACUAUUGAUCGGUGUGUUAUACUGCAUCCACCUUCUGGUAAAAGAUUACCAAGCCUUGCAAGCGCCUAAACUGCUACGGAUGUUGUUCAAAAGGGAUGUCAACUUACAAAAGACGAGACCAAACGUAAGAUGGAGAAAGAUAUUACAGCAUGACACAAUACAAUGUACACGGCUGCUCUUCUGUGAUCUUGGAGUACGCCCUCCAGAUACUGAAGUUCGAAGAGGUUUCGUAUUCAUGUUAACAUUGAACCCACACGAAGAAGACAGCUCGUCUCAAACAGAAUUCCAGAAAGCAUACAGAUUCGGGAAAUUAGGCGAAGAGAACUGUAGGCGAGAAUAUCCCAUGUGCCCUUUUAAAGCCUCUCUUUUGUUCGAACUAGUACAGUAUCUACUUCAUACGAACGUAUAAUUAUGAAAUAUGAAUAGGUAACAGUUGAAUAAUACAACCAAGUAAAGGUUAUUCAGCGAACUUAAAUGUUAGAUGUUUAUUAAAAUUAUACAAUAUUAUAAUUAGAAACAUUUGCCAGUAUUGAAAACAUUUUGACGAUCUUUGUAAAGAAACAUUUAUUUUAUAUUUUCAAAUAACAU